AUGGGGAAGGCCGAGACUGCUGCUGUUUUUGAUGAAAAGGUUGAUCGGAAAUCUCUCAUUGCAUUAAAAGGACGCAGGGUUGACGGCACCUGCGAGUGGCUUGUACAGCAUCCUCAAUAUCAGGAGUGGCUGGCAGAUACGAACCACUCCCUACUCUGGAUCUCAGGUGGUCCUGGAAAAGGGAAGACCAUGCUGGCGAUUUAUAUCACCGAGAUGCUACAGCAAGUAGUUGCUGCUGAUGGUGCUCUCCUCUACUACUUCUGCAGUGGCCGCGACAAAAAUCGGAACACUGCUUUGACCAUCAUGAGAGGUAUUCUGCAUCAAUGGAUCGACCUCCAACCGCAUCUGGCCAAAGAUAUUAAACACUCCUUCGAGGGGACGGAAACAACCAAAUAUACCAAUUCCAGUUUUGUGUCGUUGUGGAUGGUUUUCCUGACCCUACUUCAGCAGAGCACGUCUUCCCAGGUAGUUUGUGUUCUGGACGGCCUUGACGAAUGCGAAAAGGAAUCACUUGGCCAGCUUCUUGAUGCAAUUGGGGUUUCCUUGUCGAAGUCUGGAGAAAAGACACGGCCACGACUGAAGCUCAUCAUCCUCUCCCGACCUCAGCCGGCUAUUUUGGAGAGCAAACUCGGCCAAUAUAAACAGAUUCAUUUAGACACUUCCGACAAGCAAAUUUCGCAAGAUGUCAAGAGAUACAUUUUUGCCAAAGUUGCGGAACUGGCAUCUGAGCAAAAAUUUUCCAAAGAGAUGGUCGCGAAGGUUCAGCAGACCUUGUUAGCUGGCGCCGAUGGGACCUUUCUGUGGGUUGGAUUCGUUGCCAAUGAGCUUCAGGGCAGGAGUUGGAGCAAAAUCAAUGAAGUACUCCGCCAAGUUCCAAAAGGCCUUAGUGGUAUUUAUCAACGGCUGCUUCAGCAGAUCGCCGACAAGGAAGCGUUGAUUCCCAUUCUCCAAUGGGUUGUUCUUGCUGCUCGACCCCUCACAUUGGAAGAACUGACCACGGCCGCAGGGAUCAAGAUGGCCGGGACUCUUCCAGCAACACAAGUGACCAAGAAUAGACUCGAAUGUGGCGGGUUGCUCGUGAAGAUUGAAGGAAAUGUCGUCAACCUGAUUCAUGAAUCGGCGAGGGAGUUCUUCCAGAGCGAUCAAGUCAACAUAAAAGGGAUCAACAUGUUCCAUAUGGGUCAGCAUACUCACAGAACUCUCAUGCAGACCUGUUUAGCACACAUUGAACGCGGAUACGGAAAUGCCGGAGGAAUUCACAAAAUGUCUGGCCCCGAUCCCUUCCUAUCUUAUGCCAGCCAGUACUGGCCGCUGCAUUUUCACCACGCCAUUCACGUGCUAGAUACACCGACCGAGUUCUCACGUCCGUUCUUCAGAGUCGACUCUUCGAUCCGUGUCGAAUGGUGGAAAGUCUACUGGGAGAAAGACAAGAACGGCGGAAGCCCGCCAGCGUUCACACUCCUGCAUCUCGCGGCAUACUUUGGCAACGUACCCUGGGCUAAAUUGUUGAUCAGCAAGCAUGCCCGCCUUAUUUCGCGAAAGGACAAUUACGGCCGGACGCCGCUGUCCUGGGCUGUCAACCAAGGUCACCGAGAAAUGGUGGAACUUUUGCUGGACCAUGGUGCGAGUGUCAAUUUCAAAGAUCGUAGCAUGUUGACGGCUCUCCAUAUCGCGGUCACUGGACAACACAGGGACGUCGUGUCUGUGUUGCUCGAACACGGCGCCCGUCUCGAGGCCAAGGCGGAGCAUGGCAAUACGGACACACCGUUGAUGCGAGCCAUUCUGGUAAAUUCGAGGGAAAUGACGCAGGAUCUACUUGAGCAUGGGGCGCGCGUGGACAACUUGCCAGCUCUUCUAGGAAUUGCUUCCUUGAGGGGACCUACGGAUCCAAUGGAUGAGCGGGUAAAUGAGCUACUUGGCCUCCAGGAGCAGGUUUUCCUCGCUCGCUUUAAGCGUUCGUCGCGAUUUGUCGACUUGGUCAUGAAAGGGCUGGGUCUUUCCUUCCGUUUUCCUCUCGUUCUCAAAUUGAUGUCCCUCUAUCUCAAGUUCGUGGUCCUGAACCGUUGGGACAGUCUAUCUGUAUUACAGGAGCUGGUCCAGGAACACAAAACGGACGAACUGAGAGAAUGGGCGAAACUGUACCAUAAUUUUUUCUUGGGGCUAGUUGUCGCUAGAAGUCCAAAGAGGCUGAAGGCCAUGGGCGACCUGUCCACACAGAUAUUGCAGAAGGUCGCGCCUAAAGAUCUUCAGGCACUGCUGGCCAUCACAGUCUUCACCGGCAUGGAUACGAAACUCACGGCUCUCCGUCACGGAUGGAGAGAAGGAGAUGCCAUCACAGCUACGGCAAUCUCAAAUUGGGCCGCCAUCGCCUGCGAAAGGGACACAUUGGAGUUCUUCCACUUUGGCAUCCGCGAGUUUUUGAGCGACUUCGAUAGCUGUGUUCGCAAGGGGAACCGGGAAGAGAACGUACUCCGAAUGGCUCUACUCAUGACGGGACACUUCGCAAUGAUCGACAAACAGGAAUCAGAACCGAUUAAGUAUUUGUCCCGUGUAAUCGCGGAGUUUUUUGAAGGAUACAUCGACAGCAGUUAUGAGGUUGAAUUAUUCGGCGACGUGAAUCAGGCGUGUGCUAACGAGCUAUUCGUCAUCAGCAAAAGCCGUGACUCCGCCAGAUUACGCCUCUUUCUGACCAGUAUUUUCCUGUUCACCCAGCAGGCCCAUGAAGAGGGACAGGAUCGCUUCCUCAACAUUCCCCCGGCAGCAUGCUUGAUUCUUUGCCAAGAGAAUGCAACUGAUCAUCAGUGGCUGAUUGGUGAGGCUAUCCCGGAGGAAAUAGGGGCCUUGAUAGCGAAGGAACCCCCUGGGUCGCUGCAGAAGCGGGCUUGCAAGACUUUUGUGGAGUGUCUUAUCAUUGGGAAGAAGUAUGAUUUGACAUUACCCAGGGGCGCCCCGAGACAAAGAGUGGAGCAGCAUCUGCAGUCUUUGCCGGGUGUAGGACAUGUGAUGAAUCGCAUCCUUGACUCAUAG